AUUUGCAAUACAGUAUUUUCUUAGGGGUAAUUCCUAAAAUAAAAUAUUUUCUUAUUUUUUAAUUUUCUUAUUCCCACAUACACAUCGAUUAUUGCUGAUCAACUGCGUUCUCAAAAUCUUAUCGAAUCUCUCUUUCACGAUCUACACGGAGGUUUUUGGUUCAUUGUAGAGAUUCAAUAGCAAUGGCGAACAAACCUCAGAUCCGCACCAAUAGUUCGGCGCUCAUAGCUAUGAUCGCCGACGAGGACACAAUUACUGGAUUUUUGUUGGCUGGAGUUGGUAAUGUUGAUUUGAGGAGGAAGACAAAUUACCUCAUAGUUGACUCAAAAACUACUGUGAAACAGAUUGAAGAUGCCUUCAAAGAUUUCACAGCAAGAGAAGACAUUGCAAUAGUUUUGAUCAGUCAAUAUGUAGCAAAUAUGAUACGGUUUCUAGUGGACAGCUAUAACAAACCAAUCCCAGCCAUCUUGGAGAUCCCAUCUAAGGAUCACCCGUAUGAUCCAGCACACGACUCCGUUCUGUCAAGAGUGAAGUACCUAUUCUCCAGUGAAUCCGUCGCCUCUGACAGGCGUUGAACUUCUUUGAAAAUAUUUAUGUUCGAAGAUAUUUAUUGUACCUACCAAAUAUUUGUGUCGAUUUGGUUUAUUUGCCAAAAGUUUAGUCUACGAAUUCCUGUUGACAAUUUGUAAUCCAAAGAUAAUUCGUGCUUAUGCUGCGAUUGGAUUACUUUCAGAGUGCAAUAAGUUGUGAUUUUCCA